UCAUCAAACAAUUUUCAUUAAAAUUAAAACUUUCCUCAAUAAAAAAGAUAAUAAAUUAAACAACAUGACUGAAAAUCAAAGAAAUAGUGACAUGGAAAUGCAACAGAGAAGAGAAACAAAUAAAGAUCAAGACGAGAAAGAAAUUGUAACUAAAACUAUAGAUCUAGAUUUUAUAUUGACAAAUGAGUUAGGUCAAUUUGGCCGGUUCCAGCUAAGGAACAUCAUUUUGCUUGCGCUACUCGUUGUAGUGUUCGGAACACUCGGCGAGUUCAUAUUCUCAGCAGCAGCUACAUCGCACAGAUGUCGUAUCCCAGAAUGCAGUGAGAGUGAACAGUUGCAUGAAUUUAACCCUCAAUGGAUUAAAAAUGCAAUUCCAGAGACUAGUUCCGGCUUUGCGAGUUGCGAAAGGUAUGCCCCUGUGGGAACUAACGGGAGCUUGGACUACUGCCCUGCUAACCUGUUCAAUCAGUCCAACACUGUAGCUUGUGAAGGUUUCGUGUAUGCCAAUAAUAACACAGUUGUAUAUGAAUUUGACCUUGGAUGUAACGAGUGGUUGCGAGCCUUAGCGGGAACUUUGUUUAACGUAGGAAUGUUGCUAGCAUUACCGAUCACUGGAUAUGUCUCAGAUCGCUUCGGCCGGAAGACAGCUUUGGUGAUCAGUGUCUUCAAUCUGGGUUUGUUAGGUUUCAUUCGUGCGUUCUCUAUUAACUACACCAUGUAUCUGAUACUGCAAAUUGUACAGACGACUUUUGGGUCUGGAGUAUUUAGUUCCGCGUUUAUUCUUGGUUCUGAACUCGUUGGGCCGAAGUAUCGUGUUAUCACAGGUGCAACUCUAUCUUCAAUGUUUUCAUUAGGAGAGGGAGUAUUGGCAGGUGUAGCUUGGCUCAUCUCACCGUGGCGAUACGUGAUCAUGGUCACAACCAUCCCAUGCUUCUUAUUCGUGUCAUAUUACUGGUUUAUCACAGAAAGCGUAAGAUGGCUACUAUCAAAAGCAAAAAACGCGGAGGCUAAACACAUAUUGCAUACUAUUGAGAGAGUAAACAAAACACAAAUCAGUGAUAAGUCUCUAGAAGCACUCUUUAACCCUCCACAACCCAUGAUUACAACAACUACUGCUGAAAAUCUGGGAUUAGUUCGCACUGUAAUACGCUCUCCCAUUCUGCUUAGAAGAGUUUGCACGACACCAUUAUGGUGGAUGGCAAUGACAUUCGUCUUCUACGGUCUGUCCAUCAACUCCACCUCUCUCUCCGACACCAUGCAUUUGAAUUAUAUGUUGACAUCUUUUGUCAGUAUUCCUGGUUUUUACACAUCUGUAUUCGUCUCAAAUACUAUUGGCAGAAAACCUACUGUGGCAUUCGGUUUCUUUAUAAGCGCUGCUUGCAACAUCAGUUUUGUAUUUAUACCCAGAGACUUUACCAUCCUACGCCUUGUAGUAUAUCUUCUCGGAAAGUUUUUCAUCGCUGCCGUUGUAAAUACGCUAUAUAUCUACACAUCGGAACUAUAUCCAACAGAGUAUCGACACACUUUGCUUGGCUUCUCUUCCAUGAUUGGUCGUAUUGGAUCUAUCUUUGCACCACUCACUCCAGCACUUACAAUUUACUAUCACGGCCUUCCAUCGUUGCUGUUCGGAGGUAUGGGCGUCGUCGCUGGUCUGCUGGCGCUCACGCAGCCGGAGACCCUGGGCUGCAACAUGCCCGACACCCUGGCUGAGGCGGAAGCCCUCGGGAAACCAGAAUCUAGAAUAAUAACCACUAGUUUAUCUCGUUGACAUCAGAUCUAUUGACAUCAUGAAGUUUAUGACUUAACGCU